AAAGAGCCGCAGCAGCAGCAGCUGUCAUCUGCAGCAGCAGCCUGAAGCAGCGGACAUGGAGGAGAAGAAGAAGAAGUCCUCCAGGAAGUCUCUGAGAACUCUGUUCUCCAGAACCGAACCGGGUCCGGACGACUCUGCGCAGAAACAGCAGGACAGGAAGAAGUUCAAGUUCCCGAAGCUGAAGAUGAAAACGAAGAUGGAGGCAGAGAGGCAGCAGGAGGUCCGGACUCCAGAGGACGAAGACAGGCCGGCCUCCCUGAAGAAGGCUUCCUCUGUCUGCGCCACCGAGUCCAGGUCAAAGGUCCGUCUCUUCAGUUACUCGGACUUGGAUCUCAGGUCUCCUCGUCGUUUUGCUUCGUUCUCCUUCGGCCUGAGGAAGAGGAGGAGGAGGGAUGAAGAGGACCUCUCCAGGAGCGCCUUUGGUCUCCAUAGCAACCAGCAGGCUGAAGAGGAGGAGAAUACCGUCUCCCGCCUGGAUCUGGACCGGGCCGACCCGAAGACCCGGUUCAGUUUGUCUCAACCCGAACUCGAUACCAGUGGAACCUUCAACAUCCCGUCUCCUCCGCCCCCGUCCUCCAACCGGGCCGAACCGUCCUCCUUCACUGCAGGGUUGUUAACCAGAACCCGACCGGAACCGGAGGAGCUUCUCUCCAACAGAACCUCCAGAACUCUGAUCGCCUCCAACCCGGAGUUUCCGGUUCCGACGGCCCGAACACAAGCCCCGGCUGUUCCCGGCCUCCGGUCCAAUCAGGCAGAACCAGGUGCGGACCAGAACUUCACGUCAUCCGCUGCAUCGGGAAAAGGGGAUGGUUCUGAUGGUCCGAGUCCGGUUCCAGAACCUCACGGUACCUUAGGACUCCGUUCUUUGGUUCUGGAGCAGCGGACCGGUUCCUCCACGCGGGACUCGGGUUCAACUCUGGGCGAACCGGAACCUGAAGAAGCUUUAACGCUCUCUACAAUCCCAGAACCGGAACCGAGCAGCUCCGAAACGAAACCGACGGUACCAGGUGAAGGUAAGCUGGACCUGAAAGUACCAGUUGAACUUUCAGAACUGGACCCGGCGGUACCUGCUGUCUCAGCUGCAAGUUCUGAUCCAGAACCGGACGCGGCGGUGCCGCCGCACAGCCCUGGUCCCGGUUCGGGUCGGGAUUCGGUGUUCGGAACUCUGUAUAAGUCUCUGUCUCCUCGGUUCUUUCUGGUUCGGUCUCCGGACCGGGUCCCAGAGCCAGAACCGCCUGGGGUCCAGACCCUCCCUCUAGUGUCACCUGACCCCGGCGCAGGUUUUUCCGGUUCUGCUGAAACCAAACCGAGCCGUGUGAUUCGGGUUCGGACCGCUUCCCACAGCGGAGGCCUGGUUCCCGCUUCUCCGGUUACCGCAGCGUCUCCGGGGACGGACUCUCGGGUUUCCGGCUCUGAACGCAGACUGGUUCCGGUCGGACGGCAGAUCGCAGCAGACUGCUUGCCUCCGGAUCACGGAAUGAACGUUCAGGACUUCUCCGAACCUCCCGAACCGGACCGGGCUCUGAGUCCGGCCUACCUGAGCGUCGGUUCGGACGACGGCGCGGAGCUUUACUUCAGCGCCCCGGAGGAAACCCCGGAGAGCGGAGAGGAGGCGGACCUGCGGGACGGCUGGGGGGAGGUUGAGACCCCCAGAGGUCAGAGGUCAGAAGCGAAAGCAGAAACAGCCUCGGCACAGGUGAGAGUGUGGGAGGAGCCGGCGCCACCGGUUCCGCAGGUAAACAGGCUGCAGGAAUGCGGCUCGGCCCCGCCCGCCGUCGGUGCGCCGGUGGAGGGAAAUCAGGCCGCAGAAACCGAAGAUCCCGCUCAGAAAGCUCCGAACCUGCCGGGACCGGUUCUGGUUUCUGACCCCAGGAGAACCGAGGAAACCCGAGAGGAGCUGCGAGUCCGGCCGCGAGGAGAGGAGGAGGAGGAGGAGGGAGAGGAGCGCACCUUCACGCGUCCUGAUUCCGCCGCCGGCCGUCCCGAGGGGGCGGGGACCAGGACGCGCCGCUUUAACGGAGCCACAACGACGCAGCGACAGGUGCCAGACCUGACGUCGGCUCUGGACGCGCGCAGACCGCCUGGCGACCCGCAUCCAGCCCGCGCCGCGGCUGACCUGGACCGCAGCUGCCAGCCUACAGAACCAGAACCAGAACCAGACGACAGGAUGAGUUCAGGCUACAGCAGCCUGAGCACCACGCUGACCCUGAAGAACCCGUCUCCUCCCAGAGAGGAGGAACCCAAACCUCGCUUCCACAAAGUGUCCCUGGUUACCAUGGAAACCAGCAGCAUGCCCGAGCCAGACGAUCCGGAACCGGAGUACAAGUGGAAGAACCGUUUUCAGGGCGUGACUCAGUUUAAAUCCAGCAGGUCUCCCCUCCCUGAAGACGAUGAACCUUCCUCACACUUCGGCUCCUCAGACAGCUCUGUGUACCUGAGCCCCGCUGGAGGCGGGGAGUGGAGGCGGAGCCUGCUGGAGGGGGAGGAGUCAGCUGCUCCUGCAGGUAAAGAGGACGAGCGGCUGAAAGGAGAGACGGAGUGGAGGAAGCCGAGGUGGGAGCUGGAGCCGCUCUCUGCGUCCUCCUGCAGCACCGAAGACAACGACUCCUUCUUCACCGGAGUCUUCAAGGCCACCCUGGUGGACCUGACCCCUGACCCCCCAACCUCUCCUGACUCCCCAACGUCCCCCAACGUCGACUCCCCCGUCAACGACAUGGACAGUCUGGUGGACACCCUGAGAAGCAUGGGGCCCUCUCAGAGGCCCCGGAGCACCGGCGUGCGAGCGACUCCUCCUCCACUGGUCUCCACCCUGUCCCCCAUCAGAGAGGACACAGGGAGCACCGUCAUCUCCACCCUGUCCCCCAUCAGAGAGGACACAGGGAGCACCGUCAUCUCCACCCUGUCCCCCAUCAGAGAGGACACAGGGAGCCCCGUCAUCUCCACCCUGUCCCCCAUCAGAGAGGACACAGGGAGCCCCGUCAUCUCCACCCUGUCCCCCAUCAGAGAGGACACGGGGAGCACCGUCAUCUCCACCCUGUCCCCCAUCAGAGAGGACACGGGGAGUCCCUUUGUCCGUAGCACCCCCCAGAGGACAGUGGAGCCCCAGAACCAGCUGUACACCCUGCCAUUGGACCUGGGCCUGAAGAGGAACAUCUCCAGAGACGCCCGCUCCCCAAUGGAGCUGAUGAAGAGUCAGGAGCUGACCUCCUCGCUGCACAACGGCAACGGCACUCCUUCGUCUCCCACCACCGGCUCCCGCCUCGACAACAGUGUCCUCUUUGGCUCUUACCGCUCCUCAAACUCGGACCUGAAGCUGGAAAACGGGACCGCCCACCGGCCGCUGUUCAGCUCCCUGCCGGACACAGGAACCCUGGGAAUGAGACUGUGGGAGACUGGUGAGGCGGGGCCUGUUGGGGACGUAGCAGGGUCCCGUCUGGAGCGCCUCUCCUUCCUCGUCAACUCAUCAUCAUCCCUGAACGGAGACGCCGGCCCCGCCAGGAUCAGCCGAUCAUCCUCCUUGAUCCUGGGCUCCCCCACCUCCAACAGCCCCACCCAUUUGCUCAGCCCCACCGGCUCCAUCGACCCUCACCGGGCCCCCACCAUUUCAGAGCCCCACCUGUUUAGCCAGGGGCCCAGGGGCCUACAGAGGAGCCUCAGCUAUGAGGGGCUAUCACAGGCAUCCUUGUUCAGCAGUUUGUCUGGAGGGCCACAGUUCAGCAGUUUGUCUGGAGGGCCACAGUUCAGCAGUUUGUCUGGAGGGCCACAGCUUAGCAGCGUUCAGGCAGGGUCCCAAUUCAACAGCGUUCACAGAGGGUCCCAGCUCCAGAACCAGCGAGAUGAACCAGACAGCAACCUGAUGUCCAAGUAUCGAGCCUUCCCAGACGCCUAUCUCACCAAGGAGAAGGAACACGGGAAGCUGAACCCGCGACCAGGAAAGAUUUACAUCUUCGACCGGCCGGGAAUGUGCGGCCGCAGGAUGGAGAUCCGCGGAGACGUCAUGGACGCCACGUCCUGGGAGCUGCAGGACACCAUCUCCAUCAGGGUGGUCCGAGGAGGGUGGGUUCUCUAUGAAAAGCCCAACUUUAAAGGGGAGAAGAUCGCCCUGGACGAGGGAGACGUGGAGCUCACCUGUCCCUUCAGCCCACCUGAGGAGGUGCUGCGGAACGGACAGGAAGAGGAGAAGAAGAACAGAGAAACAGAGGAGCAGAGUGAGGAGAAACCGACCCAGAAGUUCAUCAUCGGAUCGAUUCGCAGAGCGGUCAGGGACUACAGCGUUCCAGAGAUCGGUCUCUUCCCAGAGGAGAACGCGGAGGGGAAGAAGGUGGUUUUCCGGGACACGGCGGAGGACGCCAGGAUCUUCGGGUUUCCCAUCAAAGCCAACUCCAUCAUCGUGAACGCCGGGCUCUGGCUGGUCUUCGCGCAGCCCUUCUUCCAGGGCGUUCCUCGCAUCCUGGAGGUGGGGGGCUACUCUAACCCUGCGGCCUGGGGGGUGGAGCAGCCCUACGUGGGCUCAGUGCAUCCCCUCAAAGUGGGAGAACCUCGGGUGGAGAACAUGAGCGAACCCAAGAUGGUGAUCUACGAGAAGCCAUACUUCUCCGGGAAGUCCAGGACCAUCUCCUCCAACAUGAGGGACUUCAUGAGCCGGACGGACCGCCAGCAGAACCUCUUCAUGGCCAGCCUGGGCUCCCUGAAGGUCCUGGGAGGAAUCUGGGUGGGAUACGAGAAGGAAGGUUUCCGUGGUCACCAGUACCUGCUGGAGGAGGGCGAGUACCACGACUGGAGGGUGUGGGGGGGCUGCGACUCCGAGCUGCGCUCCGUCAGGAUCAUCCGGGCGGACCUGACGGACCCGGUGAUGGUGAUGUUCGAGCAGCCUGAGGAGGAGCAGGGCGUGACGGAGGAGAAGACCUUCGAGGUGACGGAGGCCAUCCCUGACGUGGAGCUCUUCGACUAUAAAACCUCCACCCGCUCGAUCCACGUCCUCAGCGGAGCGUGGAUCGCCUACUCCCAUGUGGACUUCUCAGGGAACCAGUACAUCCUAGAGAAAGGCUUCUACAACAACUGUGCUGACUGGGGCUCCCAGGACACCCGGGUCUGCUCGGUCCAGCCCAUCUUACCGGCUCCAGCUGAAUCCUCCGGCCCCAGAGAGGAGAUCAUCCUGUACUCUGAACCAGACUUUCAGGGCGAAUGCCUCGUCUUUCACCACAGCCAGGGGGCGCUGUCAGAGAAAUUCCUCACCAGGUCGUGUCGAGUGGUGAGGGGAAGCUGGGUCCUCUGUGAGAAUAAGCAGUUUUCUGGGAACAUGCAUGUCCUAUCUGAGGAGGACUAUCCCAAUCUGACCAGUAUGGGCUGCCCCUCCAGCUGCCCAGUGCUCUCCAUCAAGCUGGUGCCGAUGACGCUGUCGGUGCCGUCCGUGUCUCUGUUCGGACUCGAAGGUCUGGAGGGCCGGGAGAUCACCACCGAGUCGGAGGUCACCAGUCUGGUCCAGGAUGGCUUCAACGACCACAUCCUGUCGGUCCGGGUCAACAGCGGCUGUUGGGUUUUAUGUGAGCAUAGCAACUACAGGGGGCGCCAGUUCCUCCUGGAGCCGAUAGAAAUCACCAACUGGCCCAAGUUCAGCUCCCUGGACCGGGUCGGGUCCAUGUACCCCGUCAGACAGAAGUGUCACUUUUUCCGGGUGAAGAACAAGGAGAGCGGUCACUUCCUGUCGGUGCAGGGCGGGGUGGAGGAGCUGAAGUCGGGUCGGGUGGUGGCGGCAGCGGAGGUGGAGCCGCUGAGCGACAUCUGGUUCUACCAGGAGGGACGGAUUAAAAACAAGCUCUCUCCCUCCAUGUGUCUGCAAGUGAUGGGCAGCGUGGAACCGGCAGCCAAGGUGGUUCUGUGGAACGAGAGCCGGCAGCCGAUCCAGAACUGGUCGGCGAAGAUGCAGGGUCCGAUUGGCAGCCUGACGUUCCCUGGAAUGGUGCUGGACGUUAAAGGCGGCAGAACGUACGAUAAGGAGCAUGUGGUGGUGAUGCCGGAAAACGACGAGAGGCCGAGUCAGCAGUGGGAGAUCCAGCUGCUGUAGCCGGAAACCUGCUGCGCCUUUCUGGAGCUGCAUGUUCUCCUGAAUGCACGGAGACCGGCGGACCGAAUCUGAAACGGUUUACAGGCAGCAGGAGGUUCUGUUACCAAAGAUACUCCCGACCUUCUGGUUCCUCUGAGCUCCUGUAAAUGUUCUGCCUGGAUCGCUACACAUUGACCAGCAGAACAGGAAUGUUUGCUCUCGGUAUGUUUAUAUGUACAUGUGUGUGGACGACGCUGCAGCCGGGUUCUUCCCAUUUUAUUAGCCUCCUACUGCUACAUUAACCUGCUUCUGCUCUGUUAAUAUUUGAAAUGAAAUGCAUUCAGUUGGAAGAUGUUGUUCACCAGGGAAGGGUUUUAAAAUGUUCAAUAAACAAUAAAGCGACUGUUGUUUUGUCAGCUGGUUCUGAA